AUCAUGGCGGGUGAGCGGCGGCGCCGUGGCGGGGAAGGACCCCGGGACCGUCCCCGGGACCGCGUGACGCGACGGGAACAAAAAGAACAAAAACAGCAACAUCGGGGACCGGGCCGGGGACGAACCGCGCUGCUGGCGGCGGCGGCGGCGGCCGCGCUGGCGCUGGGGCUGGCGGCGGCAGUGUCUGAAUGGAGACGGUGGAGCGAGGCCUCCCGGCUGGUCACCCCCCACCCCGCUCCCCCCGCCCUCCCUCCCGGUUCUACCGGGCCUCUCGCUUCGCCCCAGCUUUUUUGGGGAACUUACCGGCCUCAAGUUUAUUUCGGAAUGAAGACUCGCAGCCCGCGAUCUCUCGUUACCGGCCUGAUGUGGCUUCAGGAAGGCGACAGCACCAGCGGUUUGCGUCACACCUGCGAGCAGAACGACGAUGUGUCGCGAUACGGCUGGCUGAUGCACGACGGGGAGAGUUUCGGGGUGCAGGAGAUCCGCGAUGGGAAAUUGGUCCUAAAAACCGAAUUCGUCAAACGAGACGGGGGGGAACAUGGAGGGGAUUGGAGCUGGCGCAUCAGCGCCAAGAUGGAGGAUGCAGAGGGUCCAAGCCCUCUCCUCUCCCUCUUUUUCUACGUGGCCACUGACGAGCAGGGGACGCUGGAGGCAGAGCUGGAGAAUGGGACACGGCUGGCGGCCGUGAGGGGCACAACGGAGGAGCUGGGAGCCUUCACCAUCACCUUCUCCCCCCCCACCGCCGACGCCGGGGGGAACCCCAAAUACGCCAGCUACAGCUACCUGGAGGCGCCGAGCCCGGGGCUGCACCGCCUGACCGAGCUGGUGCGGAGCCGCCUCGCCCCCCGGUCCCUCUUCUCCCCUCCGGGCAAGAAGGGGCCGCGCCGCCGCUUCUUCGCCCUGCAGACAGCCGGGGGGCCGCCGGGGGGGCCGGAUCCCCCCCCGCGGGGGCGGCUGCUGCUGCACCAGGUGACGCUGGAGCCCCCCGGGGUGGCGGAGGUCACCUUCGAGUCGGGCAGCGCGGCGGGGGGGCGGCGGGGGCGGCUGGCGGGGCCGGAGCUGUCUGCGGCGCUGGCGGGGGGAGCCGAGGCCUUCGAGCGGCGGUUCGAGGAGACCUUCGGGCUGUCCCGCAAGGGCUUCCCCGUCCCGCAGCAGCGCUUUGCCCAGGCCGCCCUCAGCGAGCUGCUGGGGGGCGUGGGCUACUUCCACGGGCGCUCGCUGGUCCGGGCGUCGGUGGAGGAGGAGGAGGAGGAGGAGGAGGGGGGUGAGCGGGCGGUGCCCACCCCUGAGGGCGGGCUCUUCACCGCCGUUCCCUCCCGCUCCUUCUUCCCGCGGGGGUUCCUGUGGGAUGAGGGCUUCCACCAGCUGGUGGUGGGGCGGUGGGCGCCGGCCCUCAGCCGGGAGGUGCUGGCGCACUGGCUGGACCUGAUGAACGCCGAGGGGUGGAUCCCGCGGGAGCAGAUCCUGGGGGACGAGGCGCGGGCCAAGGUGCCCCCCGAGUUCCUGCUGCAGCGGGGGGACACGGCCAACCCCCCCACCCUGCUGCUGGCCCUGCAGCGCCUGCUGCCCCAGGCCGAGCCCGCCUACCUGCGGCGCCUCUUCCCCCGCCUGCGGGCCUGGUACCGGUGGCUGGAGCGCACGCAGGCCGGGCCCCUGCCCCACACCUUCCGCUGGCGGGGCCGGGACCCGCACCCCGAGCGCUACCUCAACCCCAAAACCUUGGCCUCGGGGCUGGACGAUUACCCCCGCGCCUCGCACCCCUCGCCGGAGGAGCGGCACCUGGACCUGCGCUGCUGGAUGGCCCUGGCCGCCCGCGUCCUGGCCCAGGUGGCCGAGCGGCUCGGGGAACCGGCCCGGGGCUACCGGGAAACCGAGCGAGCCCUGAGCGACAGCGCGCUGCUGGACCGGCACCACUGGGACCCCCAGCUGGGCGCCUUCGCCGAUUACGGCAACCACAGCGCGGCCGUGGAGCUGCGCUGGCACCGCCCGGACCCACCGGCACCGGGACGCCCCCCGGCCGCCCCCCGGCUGCUGCGGGAGGUGCGGGAGCCCCCCCGGCCGCGCUUCGUGCCGGCGCUGGGCUACGUCAGCCUCUUCCCGAUGCUGCUGGAGCUGCUGCCGCCGGACUCCCCGCGGCUGCCGGCGCUGCUGGAGGCGGUGGCCAGCGAGCAGAAGCUGUGGUCGCCCUUCGGGCUGCGGUCGCUGUCGGCUGACAGCCCCUUCUACCUGCGGCACAACACCCAGCACGACCCCCCGUACUGGCGCGGCGACGUCUGGGUCAACAUCAACUACCUGGCGCUGCGGGCGCUGCGGGGCUACGCCGGUACCGAAGGUCCGGAGCGGGAGCGAGCGGGCCGGCUGUACCAGCGGCUGCGGCACAACCUGGUAGACACGGUGUACCGGGAGUUCGCCCGCACCGGGUUCCUCUGGGAGCGGUACAGCGACCGAACCGGCCGCGGGCUGGGCUGCCGGCCCUUCGCGGGGUGGACCGCGCUCAUCCUGCUCGUCAUGGCCGAGGACUACUAGGGACGGCGGGGACACGGGUGGGGUCACGGGUGGGAUGGCAGGCAGCUUGCCCGGCCUGUGCAGCUGCAGGGGGGGAGGCGCUGG